UCAUGGAAGGAUAUAAAUAUUGGUUCCCAGUAAUUCUUUAAUUCAAUUUUAGGAAUAAAAUUUAGUAACCGUCUGGUCUGCUCCAAAUUAUUAUUAUAGAUGUGAAAAUAUUGCUUCCAUUUUAUGUUUAGAUCAUAACUUAAACUAAACUUGGAAGACUUUUAAAGAAGUUCCUGUAUGUGCUAAAAGCAUUAAUCCAAUAGAUAUAUUACCAUACUUUUUAUGA